CGUCCUCCGUUGCUAGGUUAUUCUCCCGGAAAAGGAGGUAACGUAAUGACAUCUUUGAGUUUUAUGGACAUUUCAAUGUGAAAUAUUUUCCCAAAUACCCACGCGUCCUAAUAAUACACAUUUUAUUUUAUUUCGUUUAAUAACGAUUUUUAGUGUUGUAGUUUUACUGUUCUGGGCGUUGCCGUCACGUAGCCCGGUUUUAUGGCGGCUACAGGCUUGCUAGCAUCAACACGGUGUAACGGUGUUCAGUAGCUUGUGGUAGCUCUUAGUGAAGCUAACAAACUGGCUGGAAGCUGCUUCAGCAUCAGUCAUCUCAGAUGAGAGUCCAUGCUUGACGCGGUGAUGGCCGCCCAGCCUCUGCAGCAGUCCCGGGGAGGAUCCAGACCAGUAGCCUGCUAACGCUCCGACCAGCAGAUGCUGAUGACAGGCUGUUUCCUGACGAUUUGCAGUGGGAGGCACCAUGGCCGGUAAGGUGAAGUGGGUGACAGAUAUUGAAAAAUCAGUGCUCGUCAAUAACUUUGAGAAAAGGGAAUGGAUUCAAGUAAGAGAGAGCGACGACUGGAAUUUCUACUGGAUGAGCAUCCAGACCAUCAGGAAUGUGUUCAGCGUGGACACCGGCUACCGCCUGUCAGAUGACCAGAUGGUUAACCACUUCCCCAACCACUACGAGCUGACCAGAAAGGACCUGAUGAUCAAGAACAUCAAACGCUACCGCAAGGAGCUCGAAAAAGAAAGCAGUCCGCUUGCAGAGAAGGACGAGAAUGGAAAAUAUAUUUAUUUAGAUUUUGUGCCUGUGACGUUCAUGCUCCCUGCUGAUUACAAUCUGUUUGUGGAGGAGUUUCGUAAGAAUCCAUCCAGCACCUGGAUCAUGAAGCCCUGCGGGAAGGCCCAGGGCAAAGGCAUCUUCCUCAUCAACAAGCUGUCUCAGAUUAAAAAGUGGUCGAGAGACAGCCGCACCUCAACGUUUGUGGCAGCCUCCAGCGGGAAGGAGGCUUAUGUCAUCUCUCUGUACAUCGACAACCCUCUCCUGAUAGGAGGAAAGAAGUUUGACCUGCGCCUCUACGUCCUGGUGACCACAUAUCGGCCUCUUAAAUGCUACAUGUACAAACUGGGUUUCUGCAGGUUCUGCACGGUGAAGUACACACCCAGCACCAGUGAACUGGACAACAUGUUUGUUCACCUCACUAAUGUGGCGAUACAAAAACACGGGGAUGACUACAACCACGUUCAUGGAGGCAAGUGGACAGUCAGUAACCUCCGUCUGUACCUGGAGAGCACCCGAGGGAAGGACGUGACCAACCGGCUGUUUGACCAGAUCCACUGGAUCGUGGUGCAGUCUCUGAAAGCCGUAGCACCCGUGAUGAACAAUGACAAGCACUGUUUUGAGUGUUACGGGUAUGACAUCAUUAUUGAUGACAAACUGAAGCCCUGGCUUAUUGAGGUCAAUGCCUCCCCUUCACUGACCUCCAGCACAGCAAACGACCGAAUACUCAAGUACAACCUCAUCAACGACACGCUGAACAUCGUAGCGCCCAACGGGGAGAUCCCAGACAGCCGCUGGAACCGCAGUCCGCCCAGAGAGGCUCUGGGAAACUAUCAAGUCCUGUAUGACGAGGAGCAGGCUCAGAGCGAGAACGCUGAGCGUGACCUGCGGAGCCGCUCAGGUCAGCUGCUGGGGUCAAAGGUCACAAAGGGGAGUGCUGGUGUCCGCCCUGCCAUGGCCACAUGGAAAUAAGGUGCUACUCCUGAAUCCUUAAUCAUUGCCUGUAUAACUCUGAGGAUACGAGGAUUUUUAAACAAAAGGACCACUCGCCUUUUUCUUCUUGUUUUUACUCCACUUUUACUGAAAGACGACUUUCUCUCCUCCUUUGAUCUUGUUGUGACAUUGGCACAAAGACAAAAACCACAGUUUAAGAGGAGAAGGAUCAGUAGAGCGGAGUAUGUGACUGAAUCAAAAUGAAAAAUACAGAUUAAACUGAAGGUCGAGUAAAUCCUCAGUGACACGCAUGGUUUUCGACUGCUGGCACGUAAACAUGAUCCACCAUAUUGACGCUUGAGGACUUUGUGUCCGAAGGGGAAAUGCUGAGAAUGAAAAUGGUGUAAAGCUUUAAAGGUGUGGAACACUCGUUUAGUUAAUACAUUUGCAGUGAUCUCUAGUAGGAAUGAAUGCCUUGUAAGUCGUUCUCGAGGGGCAAACAACACCGGUGCACCAUUUCCAGGAAGUAGAAGUGAGCCGCGUCACAGCUGAGCUUCAGACGGCAGGUUUUGAAGUCUUAUUUCCUGAUAUUUGAGCAUCUCACCUCUGAUUGGAUAACAGCAAUGCGACUGUACCACUUAACAUGGAUGUUUUAUCUCCACAAAUAUCACAAGCCUGGAGGAGCUUCUGCCAUGUGGGGAAGUUGCUAAUGCUAGCUUCUCCUAGUCGAGACAUACCCUGCUGAUUCCCGGACUCUAAACCAACAACAGCCUUCCCCGUCGUAACUCAAGAUGGGUGAGACCAUGAAUGUUAAGUGGCAGUGUGACGUAUAUCUGUCAGGAUUUUUAAACCUGAAGCCCCCUUCAGACAGGCCAUGAAAAACGGAAAUGUUCCGGACUCUGUCUGUAAGACCUUUGUGUCUGAAUACAAACAUCCGGAUAACGUGUUCCGGAAUUUAACCGGACGAAGCCCCUAGUAACAGGUCCGGACUUGUUACGGACAGAGUGGCUGCUUCAGACUGGUGAGGUUGAGUUCCGGACAAGGGGGGGGGGGGGGGACCGGGGACCGGGGGAUGCUGUGCUGUAACAUGCGGCGAACCAUGGCAGCUCGCCUCCUACGGUACCGCCUAGACGCGCGACGGAGCGCUUCACACCGCUUCAGUGAUUCCUUUAACCAUUGAGCUUCAUCAUCCAGGUCUCUUAUGCGUCUUCGUGUGCGCAGAAUUAUGCUUAAGCGCCUCGUGAUUUUUAUCUUGAGAGGCGCUAUAGAAAAGAUAUUUUCUUCUUCUUCUUAACAUAAGUCCGAUCCCCCCCCCCCCCCCCCCCCCCCCCCCCCCCGCCGACGUCAGACAUCUGGAACUUUCCCUUGCUGUGUGAACGCAGCCGAAAGGACAAGUUUCAGUACAAAAGUGGUGUGUCUGAAAACACAGUUCCGGUUAAAAACCGGAUUGAGUUGUCCACAAAUGUUCCAGAAUGUCUAUCUGAAAAGGGCUAUAGAGUUUCAACAUCUAUUUUCUAUCAGAAGCUAAUGCAGGAGAUAGGAAUAGGAAACUGUUUUCAUGUUCAGCAUGCAUGAAAAACGCAGUGACCGAUUAUAAUCGGGAAAUAAUCAUUAAAAAUGUUUUUUUCCGUGUUCCACACCUUUAAGAUUUCAUUUAUAAGCAGAAUAAAUAAGGACUAAACAUAAAAAGCGUCAGAAUCGCCUUUUUAAAAAGUCAUGCACGAAUUUAAUUAACAUUGAUUGUAUUAAAUACCAGCUUUAUUUUUAAAUUUGUGCUCAAGUAUUUAUUAUGAUUUAAUUUAUUUAAUAACAUCAGGCUAUUAAUUUUUGCAUUUUGACUCAUUUUUGAAAUGUUUCUCAUCCUAAGUCUCAAUAACAAAAUGUAUUUGUAAAGUUUUAAUGCUCUCGUUGGUGUUUACCCCUAAACACGUGAAGGACUGAUGUGAUUUGAUUGAUGAAAUCUGACUUUUCUUGGAUGAUUUUUGGAGGGAAAAAAAUGAUUGUUUCAAACACACAUUUGAUCUGAUCUCAUCGUUAAUGACCUGUUUGUGUCUGAUCAUUUGUGUUCGGUGCUGAAAAGGUUAGGAAAUGUUUUCUGUAACUGAAUCAGGAUUAAAGCCACCGUUUGAUUUCAACACUGUACGGCACCCCUGCCUUUGGAGAAAAAAUGUGUGAAAUUAAAUGGGUGAAAAUGUUUAGUGUUUGUUAAAUAAAAAACAUAAAAAGGUAACAAGAAUUUUCAAAAGUUUUAUAAGUUUUCAGUUUAUUUUUCCUUUAAAAUAACAAAUGAAUGCAGCUGUUAGACUAUAAGUGGCCCUAAAGUCUUUAAUGAAUGAAUCUGUAGAGUUUAAAUGAAUAUAAGGUUCGUCUCUCUAAAAUAAAAAUUUCUGAAUGAGUUUUUAUUGCA